CUCCCUCCGCCUGCUCCACUGCACAGCUCCAGCUCCCCUUGCCCGCUCCGCCACGCGCCCUCCUUGCCUGGGCCCGCACCACCGCAUGCCCCGCUCUCCCCCCACUCUGCCCCUGCCUGCUUUGCCAUGCGCCCCUCGCCUGGGCCCGCUCCACUGUAUGUCCCCCUCUCCCUCCGCCUGCUCCAAUGCAUGCCUCUAGCUCCCCCCACCGGCUCCGCUGCGUGGCCUCCUCACCUGGGCCUGCUCCACCAUAUGCCCCCCUCUCCUGGCUGCUCCGCUGUGCGCCUGCAGCUCCCCCCGUCCGCUCCACCACAUGCCCUCCUUGCCUGGGCCCGCUCCACCAUAUGCCCCGCUCUCCCUCCACCUGCUCCGCUGCACGGCUCCAGUUCCCCUCGCCCGCUCUGCCGCGCACCCCCCCUUGCCUGGGCCCGCUCCAUCGUAUGCCCUGCUCUCCCCCUGGCUGCUCUACUGUGCGUCUGCAGCUGCCCUCGUCCGCUCCGCCGCUCCCUCCUCGCCUGGGCCCGCUCCACCAUAUGCCCCGCUCUCUUUCCACCUGCUCCGCCACGUGCCUCCAGCUCCCCUCGCCCGCUCCGCCACAUGCCCUCCUUCCUGGGCCCGCACCACUGCAUGCCCCGCCCUCCCCCCACUCUGCCCCCCCUGCUUUGCCACACACCCCCGCCUGCUCGGCUGCAUGCCCCCCUCGCCUGGGUCCGCUCCACCAUAUGCCCCGCUCUCCCUCCACGUGCUCCACUGUGCGGCUCCAGCUCCUCUCGCCCGCUCCGCCACGUGCCUCCAGCUCCCCUCGCCCGCUCCACCGCUCCCUCCUCGCCUGGGCCCACUUCACCGCAUGCCCCCCUCUCCCACAAACUCUGCCCCCGUCUGCUUCACCCCGCCCUCUCUGCUAGUGCCUCCUCCCCUGGGCCUGCUUCACCGCAUGCCCCCCUCUCCCACAAACUCUGCCCCCGUCUGCUUCGCCCCGCCCUCUCUGCUAGUGCCUCCUCGCCUGGGCCCGCUUCACCGCAUGCCCCCCUCUCCCACAAACUCUGCCCCGUCUGCUUCGCCCCGCCCUCUCUGCUAGUGCCUCCUCGCCUGGGCCCGCUUCACCGCAUGCCCCCCUCUCCCACAAACUCUGCCCCCGUCUGCUUCGUCCCGCCCUCUCUGCUAGUGCCUCCUCCCCUGGGCCUGCUUCACCGCAUGCCCCCCUCUCCCACAAACUCUGCCCCGUCUGCUUCGCCCCGCCCUCUCUGCUAGUGCCUCCUCGCCUGGGCCCGCUUCACCGCAUGCCCCCCUCUCCCACAAACUCUGCCCCCGUCUGCUUCGCCCCGCCCUCUCUGCUAAUGCCUCCUCGCCUGGGCCUGCUUCACCGCAUGCCCCCCUCUCCCACAAACUCUGCCCCCGUCUGCUUCGCCCCGCCCUCUCUGCUAGUGCCUCCUCGCCUGGGCCCGCUUCACCGCAUGCCCCCCUCUCCCACAAACUCUGCCCCCGUCUGCUUCGCCCCGCCCUCUCUGCUAGUGCCUCCUCGCCUGGGCCUGCUUCACCGCAUGCCCCCCUCUCCCACAAACUCUGCCCCGUCUGCUUCGCCCCGCCCUCUCUGCUAGUGCCUCCUCGCCUGGGCCUGCUUCACCGCAUGCCCCCCUCUCCCACAAACUCUGCCCCCGUCUGCUUCGCCCCGCCCUCUCUGCUAGUGCCUCCUCGCCUGGGCCUGCUUCACCGCAUGCCCCCCUCUCCCACAAACUCUGCCCCCGUCUGCUUCGCCCCGCCCUCUCUGCUAGUGCCUCCUCCCCUGGGCCUGCUUCACCGCAUGCCCCCCUCUCCCACAAACUCUGCCCCCGUCUGCUUCGCCCCGCCCUCUCUGCUAGUGCCUCCUCGCCUGGGCCCGCUUCACCGCAUGCCCCCCUCUCCCACAAACUCUGCCCCCGUCUGCUUCGCCCCGCCCUCUCUGCUAGUGCCUCCUCGCCUGGGCCCGCUUCACCGCAUGCCCCCCUCUCCCCCUGCCCGCUCCGCUGCGCACCUCCAGCUCCCCUCGCCC